AUGGCAUCACAAGAAUUCGUCUUUGAUAGUGCAAACUGUAUCAAUCAUGUACCGAUUAAUUUUCGAGAGUUCUUUAGUCGCCAGAUAAACAUUAGUUUGUUAAAAGAGAUCAAUGAAUUCAUCGCAUUGCAACCGAACCGUUUUCAAUAUGCUGAUGGUAUUUUUUCAAUGUCAAAUUGUUGUGUUAAAUGGCCUUCUUUUAUCUACGGUGGAUUUUCUUCUUCGUCUUUGCAAGCAGCGAUUAAAUAUUUUAACGAGCAGGAAUACGAAGUUUUUUGCCGUCUUGUUUCAUAUAAUCCACCAAUUUAUUCAACACGACAGGCAUUGAUCGAUGUUUUUAAAAUCAAUGAUUUAUUGUUGCCACGGAAGUUGCAUCGGUUGGAAUCAGAACUGUUCAAUAUUUGUGCGACAUCAACAGAAGAGCCGUCAUUCGUUAAGUCAUUCGAUGAGUUUAUAAACAAUAUGAAUGAGAAGUUUUGUUUUUGUCGGUGGUGUCACUUGAUUGACUAUUCGAAAUUUCAUAUUGCUGGUGGAUGCUUAUUGAGCAGUCUGCGAAAGAAUUUAUUUGUGUCGUUGGGUCAAGAUGUUGAUUUAUUUUACAAAGGUCCAUCCUAUGUAGAUUACGUGAAUUCUGUCAAUGCAAUGGAACAAAAAAUCCGUCAGUAUUUUUAUGUGAAACGAAGUGCUUGUUUUGGAAAGAAAAUAAUCAAUUUGCGAUUGUUCACAAAUCGAUAUAUCAUCGAUCUGAUGCAACAACCCGAAUUUAUUGAUUUACAAUUUAUAUUUAUCAAAGAUAACUAUGCACGAGAUGAAUUAUUAACAAAAUUUGACAUUGAUAUCAGUCAAUUUUCGUUCGAUGGAAACAGGUUAUAUGGCACAAUGGCUGCUGUGCAAGGAAUUCGAACAGGAACUAUGAUUCAUUAUGGUCUUCAUGAUGAUGACACUGAUUUUGCGUCCGUUGCUAUUCGAAUUGGAAAGUAUGUAAGACGAGGUUUUCGAUUGCUAUAUCCUAUUCAAUUUAAUAUCAAACGCUUUGAUAUGACUCCAUUGUACAUAAGUAACAAGUGGUUUCCCUUACGUACUCAACGAAUCCAAAACCGCGAGAACGGACUUCCUGUGGCGUUAUUGAAUGACAAUUCGAAUAAUAUGAACGAUUAUCAAUAUCGUGAUUUGAUCUGGAGUCGAAAUUGUGACUUUUUUCAUAUUCAGCAGAAAUUUCGAUAUAAAAUUCUCUUUGGUUUGGAAGAAUCGAAUAUGUUCGACGAUUUUUGA